CAUCACCAAGCGACGGUAAACAUCUGGCCAUGGCGGAAUCCGAGAAAAAGGAAAAGGUGAUCAAGUUAGUUCCGGAGUAUCUCCUGAAAAAGAGAAAAACAUACCAGGCCAUUAAAGCAACACAAGCCAAGCUUGCACUGCUCGAGAAAAGAAAGGUUUCCAAAGGCAAACCUUUAAAAUUCAAGCGUUUGGAAGAUUUGUUGAAAGACAGCCACAGGAAGCACCGUGAUGAGACCCGGAUCCGGAGGAACCAGCACAGGCCACCGACCCCUCUCCCUCCCCCUGAGAACAAGCUGGCCGUCGCUGUCCGCAUCAGAGAGAUUAAAGGCGUCAGCCCCAAAGUGCUGAGGGCGGUCCAGACGAUGAGGCUGAGGAAGAUCUUCAGUGGCGUCUUCGUCAAAGUAAACAAGUCUUCUGUUGCCAUGAUGAAGCUGGUGGAGCCGUACGUGGCCUGGGGAUUCCCCAACUUGAAAUCAGUCCGUGAACUCAUUCUGAAGAGAGGUCAGGCCAAGAUCGGCAAGAGGCCGGUUCCUCUGACAGACAACACCUUCAUCGAGCAGCACAUGGGAAAACAUGGCAUUAUCUGUCUGGAGGAUCUGAUCCAUGAAAUCUACUCGGUUGGGAAAAACUUCAGUGCGGCCAACAACUUCCUGGUUCCCUUCAAGCUGUCGGUGCCUCGCCACGGUGCCAAGGACAAGGCCGGCCUGCUGAAAGACCUGGGAAACCCGGGAUUCCGCAGCAGAGAUAUUAACUCCAUCAUCAGACAGCUGAACUGAGCAGAGAUUCGUGAAAGAUGGACACUCAGAACCUUGUAAACACCAGUUAUGACAAAUUGUGUGGUUUUGUUUGUGGUUCAAUCUCUUGAGCCAGCACAAAGACAACGAAAGGACUCUCUUUUUCUUUUUUUUCUUUUCCCCAUCCAUGUUGUUGAGUUAAUGCUCACCACAGACUGAAGCAACUGAAGCUAUCUUUGGUAAAUUUAAUGAAUUUGUCUAAUCCAUUCCACAUACAGGAACCUUCCUCACGUCUUUAAAGGAGUUGAUCUGUGUUUGGAACAUAAUGUGAGAGUGUUGUCCUACAUGCAGAAGCCAACGGUCCACUUACAAUAAAUGUUUUUACUUAAUA